UUUUUUAAUUAAGCCGUUUUCCUCCUGUAGGUGGCGGUACUGCAACUAUAAUAUGAUUUCACAGCCGCCAUUAAACCAAGAAGAAGAAAGACAUCCGGUUCUUUUUCCUGGUAGCUAAAGUUGCAAUGAAAACUCAGAAACAACACGUGUAAUCUGUUUGUCUUUCCCCCCGUCUUUCUGUAAAUGUGGUGCAAUGCUCGUCGGCCGCUGGUUUGGACUGUGCAGUCGUGUAGUUCACUGUAGCAGCGUCAGAGGACGAUGGAGGACACCGACAGGAGGACACGUGAAGAAGUAUGCCAACAACACAGAGGAGCCUCACUGGAGGACACAGGGAUCAAGACGACUGUGUCACAGUGAUGCGGGGGACAUGUUCGAGCACCGGUGUGUCCAGAGGUGCCUGCAGCACCUGGUGCACGAGCACGGGCAGCUCAGUGAGAAGCUCCAGCAGGUUUACCUGAACGAGUCGGACAGAAAGGAGCUGAUGAGGAGACACUCUGAGCUGCUUCCUCUGGCCAAUAUACAUGGGAGGAUCGAACAAGCCCUGAGAGACCUUGAGGAGGUUCGUUCACUACUGCAGGGGUCCGUCGGUACCAAAGAUGAAGAUGAGCAAGUGAUUCAGAUGCUAAAAGAGGAGGAAGAACACAUCUCCAGCAAGAUUUUGGCCUUAAGAGAAGAUUUGAUCAAAGCUCUCGUGCCCGCUGACCCUCUCGACUCCAGUAAUGUCCUGCUGGAGGUCGUAUCAGGACGAACAACAGGAGGGGACAUCUGUCAACAGUUCACCAAAGAAAUGUUUGACAUGUACCAGGGUUUUGCGUUUUAUAAGAACUGGGACUAUGAGGUUUACAACUACACAUCUGCUGACUUUGGUGGUUUGCACCAUGCUGCUGUAAGAAUAGCCGGGGACAACGUGUACAGACAUCUGAAGCACGAAGGAGGAACACACCGGGUGCAAAGGAUCCCUGAGGUCGGCCUCUCCUCCAGGAUGCAGCGGAUCCACACGGGAACCAUGACUGUCAUCAUUCUGCCUCAGCCAGUGGAGCUUGACGUCCACAUUGAUCCGAAGGAUCUUCGCAUCGACACAUUCCGAGCCCGAGGUGCCGGGGGUCAGAGUGUCAACACAACAGACAGCGCGGUGCGCAUCGUUCAUCUCCCCACAGGCAUCACCGCCGAAUGUCAGCAGACUCGUUCUCAGCUAAAAAACAGAGACAUUGCAAUUCGUGUUCUGAGGGCCCGGCUCUACCAGGGCAUGAUGGGUAAAGAGGAUAAGCAGAGGCACACGGCACGAAAGCAGCAGGUGGGCUCACGUUCUCAGUCUGAGAGGAUUCGCACCUACAACUUCAGCCAGGACCGCGUCACAGACCACAGGACUGGAUACGUUACGCGAGAGAUUAAGGAGUUCAUGAGAGGAGGGGAGGCUCUUGACGAUCUGAUCUCUGACGUACGUGAACACACGGAGAGGGAGGCUCUCCUGGAGGUGGCAGAGAGCUGCAGCAGUUUGACACAACCAGAAUCUGGUAAAUCUGCAGAUUGACACUCAACCUCUGAUCAAGUGGACCGAAUGUACAGUAUUUUAGUUUUGAGGAUGAUUUUGUACUACGCUGAAAUGUUUUAUGUAAUAUUACUAUUAUAUUGCUAUUUAUGCUUGUGCAAGAGUAAAAUUGCAAAGAAUGUAGCUAAUGAGGAGGAUCAUAGUUUUGAGGUAUUUAUUUUUGUAAUAAAAUAUAAAAUUAUGUAUUUUGUGUCAAGGUAAUUUCCUAAAUGAUGACUCAUAUUUAUGUAUUGAUUAUAUAUUUUAAACAAAGGGAAGUGAAUGAUGUGAAGAAGGGCCUUUAAGAUGUGUUACCCGCUGUUGUAAGUAAAAAAUCGACUUAAAAUGCUUUUAGAAUAUAAAUGUAAAUUGCUAUCCCCAAAGAAAAGUAUAUCACAAUGACAGUGUUAAACAUUCAGUUGUCCAGAUCAUAAUCAGUCAGCACCAUGAUCGCAACUUGUUAGUAAAGUUCAGUAAAACUGUCUAUUGACAGUGAAUGUCAACAGACAGCACUCGUGUUUAUUGUCAGUAAACACUCUUCAUGGUUCUCUGCCAGUCGGGGUGAUAAUCAGCUUUAUAUCACACACACACACACACCAAUUGCAUGUCCCACCCUGCAUGUGUCUGCCAGCCGAGCCACCCUCCAUGUGUUUGCCAGCCGAGCCACCCUCCAGUACAUUUCCCCCUCUUCCUCUGACCUCUUUUUACGUAAAUAAAUGUUUUAUCGGUCAUUCAUAAAAUCACGAUUUAGUGAAAUUAACUAUGAUCAUUUAUUUAGAACAGAUUUUUCAACCUUAUAAAAUAUGACACUCAUUUACAUUAACUAACAAGUACUGCAAUGUUUCCACUGGCUUUUUCAUAACUUACACAGGUAAAAAAAUACAGAUACAAAAAAAGUUAUUGAAUUGCUCUGAAUGGAUUCAGCCGCAUUUUCCAAACAGGAAGAAACAUAGUUCACGUGAAUAAACUUGUCCCACCUGAAUGUCUGCUGUACUGUUCAAAUGAGACCAAACCAACCUGAAGACUGAAAGUGUUGCAAAGGUUUCAGCGCAGAGAAAAAGCAUGGAUGACUUAUUUGUUUAAGGCCAAUUUUUCACCCCCCCCCAAAAAAUGAUUUCUGACCA